UCAGAAAAUGUGGGGAACAUUUUCGGAAGAGCCACUUCGAGAAAGUUCAAACCUUUCUCCGGUUCCCCCUCCGGCAACAAAAUCCACAGCAUCCUUUCGUCGAUUGAGCUCGUGGGUAGCCUUCAAAACCGACCACCCACAAACCCAUUUCACCAAUUGGGAAGAGCGAGCUCUGUUCUUCACGGCCAACGCUUUGCGUUCGCCACAGCUACGCAAGCAAUUGAAGACGAUUCCUCUUCUGGGUCCGAAGAAGUUAACGAAUUGAUGACGGAGACGGGAAUGGGAGCUCAGAAGAAGUACCACUCUUUGAAGCAGAGACAAGUGAGGCUCGAGACCGAGGAGUGGGAGCGAGCGGCGAGAGAGUGUCGUGAGAUUAUAGAGGAUAUGUGCGAGCAGAAGCUCGCUCCGAAUCUUCCUUACGUGAAGUCUCUGUUUCUCGGGUGGUUCGAGCCUCUGCGCGACGCUAUUCGAGCUGACCUUGAUGCGUUUAAGGUCAAGAGAGGGAAGAUCCCUUAUGCUCCUUAUAUGGAGCUGUUGCCUGCUGAUAUGAUGGCUGUUAUCACUAUGCAUAAGAUGAUGGCGCUGUUGAUGACUAAUGCUGAAGGGGUGGGUGUUGUUAGAGUGGUGAAUGCUGCUACUAAUGUUGGGGAAGCUAUUGAGCAGGAGGCCAGGAUCAAGAGCUUUAUGCAGAAAGGUAAGAUGAAGAAUGCAACUUCCAACACAGAAGCUGUGGAUGCUUUAGGAGAGACUGGGACUAAAGAAGCGGUAAAGCUGAAGAAACAAAUUAACACACUGUUGAAAAAACACAAGGUGAGGCGAGUAAGUGGAAUAGUGAAGGCACAUGACUCGUUCAAGCCAUGGGGUCAAGAGGCUCAAGUGAAGGUUGGGGCACGUUUGAUUCAGCUGUUGUUGGAAACUGCUUAUAUACAGCCUCCAGCUGAACAGUUUGAUGAUGGUCCACCAGAGAUCCGACCUGCUUUUAAGCAAACUUCCAAAAACGUCACUUUAGAAAAUACAAAAUUAAGCAGGAGAUAUGGUUGCAUCGAAUGUGAUCCUCUGAUCCGAAAGGGCCUUGACAAAUCAGCAAGACAUGUGGUGAUUCCCUACUUGCCAAUGUUAAUACCUCCUCGGAACUGGACAGGGUAUGAUCAAGGGGCACAUUUUUUCUUGCCUUCAUACCUCAUGAGAACAAAUGGAUCUAAACAACAACGUAUUGUAGUAAACAAAACUCCCAAGGCGCAACUGGAGCCAGUAUUCAAGGCGUUAGAUACUCUUGGAAACACCAAAUGGAGAAUAAACAAAAAGGUGUUGAGCUUGGUGGACAGAAUCUGGGCCAAUGGUGGUCGUCUUGGUGGUCUCGUUGACCGUGAUGACGUACCCAUUCCAGAGGAGCCCGACGGUGAGGACCAGGAAGAAUUAAAGCAAUGGAAAUGGAAAUUUAAGGAAGCAAAUAAAGAGAACAGCGAGAGACAUUCACAAAGGUGUGAUGUAGAGCUCAAACUCGAGGUGGCACGUAAAAUGAAGGAAGAAGAAGGUUUCUACUUCCCUCACAACGUUGACUUUCGUGGCCGAGCGUAUCCCAUGCAUCCAUAUCUUAACCAUCUCGGGUCUGAUCUCUGCCGUGGCAUCCUUGAGUUUUGUGAGGGAAAGCCUCUUGGCGAAUCAGGAUUGCGGUGGCUGAAGGUACAUAUAGCGAACUUAUACGCUGGUGGGGUUGAUAAGUUCGCUAAUGAGGAUCGAGUUGCAUUUACCGAGAGUCACUUGGAAGAUAUAUUUGACUCUUCUGAUAGGCCUCUUGAAGGAAAAAGAUGGUGGCUUAAUGCAGAGGAUCCCUUUCAGUGUUUGGCUGCUUGCAUGAACCUUUCUAAAGCUUUGAGAAGUUCUGUUCCUGAAGCAGCUAUUUCUCAUAUCCCCAUCCACCAGGAUGGUUCAUGUAAUGGUUUACAACACUAUGCGGCUCUUGGGAGGGAUAAGACUGGAGCAGCUGCUGUCAACCUCUUUACAGGUGAAAAGCCGGCUGAUAUUUAUGCAGAUAUUGCUGCUAGGGUUCUCAAGAUCAUGCAGAAAGAUGCAGAGGAAGAUCCUGAAACAUUUCCCUACGCCAAGCUCAUGCUUGACCAGGUUGACAGGAAGCUGGUGAAACAGACAGUCAUGACAACAGUGUAUGGUGUUACAUACAGUGGCGCACGUAACCAAAUAAAGAAGAGGUUAAAAGAGCGUGGUGCCUUUGCGGAUGAUUCACAAAAUUUUCAUGCAGCUUAUUAUGCAGCAAGAGUCACUACUAACGCACUGGAAGAGAUGUUUGGAGCUGCUAGAGCCAUCAUGAUCUGGUUUGGUGAAUGUGCAAAGAUAAUAGCUUCACAAAACAAACCAGUUUGUUGGACGACUCCUCUUGGACUUCCAGUUGUACAACCCUAUCGGCAGCCUGGAAGACACUUGGUUAAGACUACCCUUCAGGUGUUGACUAUUAAACGAGAUACUGAAAAGGUGAAGGCUAGGAAGCAGAUGACAGCUUUCGCACCAAAUUUUGUACAUUCCCUUGAUGCGUCUCACAUGAUGAUGACAGCAGUCGCCUGCAACAAGGCGGGUUUGAGUUUUGCAGGUGUGCAUGACUCAUUCUGGACGCAUGCAUCCGAUGUUGAUGUAAUGAACAGAAUACUCAGAGAGAAGUUUGUUGAGCUCUACGACAAGCCAGUCUUAGAAAAUCUGUUGGAGAGUUUCCAGAAGUCCUUCCCAAGCCUAAGGUUUCCACCACUGCCAGAACGAGGCGACUUUGAUCUAAGAGAGGUCAUACGGUCGCCAUACUUCUUCAACUAAUUCAGUUUACUUACAUAACAGAAGCUCCAGUGCUCCAUCUAGCAUUUAGGGCAGAGUAAGCUUGCCUCUUCGUGCCAAUAAUUUGAUCAAAGGGAAAAGAUUAUCUGUAAUCAGCAAUGAGGAAUGUUGAUGGUUAACCUCAACUCAGAGGUGGGCUUAGGGCUACUUGUAAAUAACAAAACAGGAAGAGUGUUUCGCACCUUGGCAUCAUGGAAGGCGUUGGAUUGGAGUAUCGAACCAGUGGCACUCCUGAGAGGUGGUGGUCUUAGUAGACUCGAAUCCAUUAGGUUUUUGUAAAGAUAAUGUUUUAUCUCGAAUAAAAUAAAAUUUGCAAUGAUGAAAGAUCAAGCAGGAGGAUGUCACGACCCAAAACAACUUAAUAAUAGAGAACAAUUUGUUUUAUUAAGCAAUGAAUUUCUUUAGGUUCAGAUGUACUUUUAUUAUUCGCAAACUCGUUGUACAUACCAAAUAUUUUCUGUUCAAACGCUCUUAACAAAUAAUUGCUUAAUUGAAAAAAAUGUUUGUAGUGGUGCACAAAAAAAAAGAAGAAAAAUGGUUUGAAGUAAAAAGAAACAAAUAUCAGUUAUAUAAAAAAUGACAAACAUAUACAUUUAUCUUGUGAAUUAUUUUAUUUUUAAAUUGUAAUUCAAAGAGGUUUUGGAUGAUUAACUAAUAACUAAAUUUCAUGAUAAAUAUGUAUGGUUGUUUAUUUUGGAAGCUUUAAUAUUAAAAAAAAAAACUACAAAACAUCGUUUUAUUUGAUCUUAAUAAAUACUCCAGAGUCAUAUGGUCAAUAGAUAAUUUUGUAAUGCAACAAUUCUAUUUUAUCUAUAGUAGAAAAUAAGCACAAUAAGUGUAUGUUACAUGAAUCCAUGUGGUGGAGGAGGAUAAACCAUUGACAUGGUGCUGCAGACGAAGAACCUGUUCGUAGUUGAAGUGCCUGAUAAAAAAAAUCUUAUGAUGACUAUCAAUGAUUAGUAGAAUGUAGAUAUAGACACUUCCAGAGAUCUCUUACAUCUUGUGCAAGAAGACAUAUACUAAACUAGAUUUUGUGUUAUAUUUACUGAUAUUACUUGACAUAAUAUAUUCUAAAAUUUUAUUUUUUUUUUUUUUUCAUUAAAAAUAAAAAUAAUUAAAAUUUUAGAAUAUAUUGUAUAUCUUAAUAUUUAUGAAAUAUUUCAUUUUUAAAAUUUUAUAGAAACAUACGACUAUAUUAAAUUCGUAGAUAAUGUAGCAUUUUAUAUGUAAUUAUUAUUAAAUAUUAUCACAUUAUUCUUAGUUUUUUAAUAUAUGAAAAUAAUAAAUUAAAUUUUAUGUUAGAUUUAUAGAUAUUAUUAUUUUAAUAUAGUGGAUAUUAUAUAAUAAAAUCAUUCUAAUUUAUAAUACACUGCAGAUCUUAAUAUUUAAUGUUGAAUUAUUUUUAAUUUGUUUUAAAAUUAGAGAAAUACACUUAUGCAAAUAAAUUCACUAGUAACUAAAAUGUAUUAAAAUUUAAACACUUAAAAACUAUGUGUUUUAUCCACACAUGCGGGCAUAAUUAUUUCACGGAUAUUUAUUAAUACAUAUCCUAAGUAUUAGUUCAAAGAUCAUCAUAAUAAGUUAUUAUUUAUGUUCUCAAAAAAUUUAAAUUGAAAAUCAAAUUAUUUAUAUAUGAAAAAGUGGUUUUAGAAAAUCUAUUUUACACUAUAUUCAGUCUGUUUUAUUUUUGUUUUUUUAUUCGUGAGUUAUUAAGAUUUUCAAUUUCAUAUUUGUUUUAGGAAAGACAAUCCGACCUUUUGUAAACUAUGACAUUAAAUUUCAUUAAUAUUCAUCAGAAAAUACAGACAACAUGAAAUUACUUAUAUUUCAUCUUAAAUAAUGAAAAAAGAAUUCUGGUGGCAAACAAAAAAAAUCUCAGAAUAACAAAAUGUUUGUCCAUUUCUACUGAUAAUAAAUCUAAAUUAUUAAAAAUAAUUAUUUAAAUAUUUUAAAGAAUUUUAGUAAUAUCUUAAAGUUGAAUUUGUUUACUGAUUUAAGAUGUAUAAAAAUACAUAUAUCUAGGAUAUUUUAAACAUAUAAAUAAAAUUUGUGAAAUCGAUAAUCAACAAUGUUU